ACGCGUGUCCUGUCUCUCGUCUGUAUUCGCUUUCAUCCACACUCAGUCUCGAUACAUUCUAACCGAACUUGAUGUCAAUAUAGCCCCACUCGCAUUCCUUUCAUGCUCAGGUGCAUGUUUCCUCAAUUGUAGUUCUCGCCAUACCGGCUCCUGGUCUAUAAGUGCACAGCUCAUCGUCAUCUUACGAGUGAGCUCUUUGCGGAUUCCGCGUAUGCCCGCACAUUCGCGCGCUAACGCUGUCUAGUUGUGCGUACGGUUUUUCACAUAACGCCAACAGUGGAGGUAGGCUCGACUUGUACAAAUUCAAUUAUCACAAACAGGGUUUCGCUGCCGCACGACCUUCCUCUGCUGCCUGCCACCGACGAUAGGUUCCCGUUCGCACUCUCUUGUUUACUCAGCCGCAUGAUUCACUCGUACCCUUGAAUUUGUCAGAACUGCCGAGAGCUUGACUUUUACGGGCUUGACUCCGUUUCCUCGCCAUCGCUUUAAUUAUAGACUUAGCGUUAGGGCUGUAACUUCGCCUCCGGCCUACACACUUGAGCAAUGCACACGACUCCACCUCUGGAUCCCUGGUCUCCAACCACAUAGCAUAGCAGACUACGCGCGCCCUACCCCCCCUCUCUCGCCUUAUCUCCUCGCCACUCAACAGAAGAAACCGUUCGGUUUGGGCCAUUCACCCGCAGAACUGACUCUGACAACCGCUCAGGGUGUCUAGAUCUGUUUUUUGUGCGUUUUUGUCACUUCCCUGCAUCUUAGUAGCCGUCUUUUUCACACCCUAGCUCUGGGAUUCCUCCUACAGCAGCCACAUUGUACGGUACGGCGAUUUCAUCGGCUCUGUGGUUGACCACGAACUGCACUACAUCCUACGAUUCUCCGAUGGAGCCAGGUAAGGUCCAGUAUAUAGGCUUUAAUGAAUGGUGUUUUAUUAUAUCAAACGUCCAUACAUUGUCCAUCACAUUAUAAACCUUACCCCAGUGCCUACACCAGAAGCUAUCCCUAUACUGCUCGCUGAAAUAAAUUUGUGUUUUGCCUAAGUAGGCCAACGGGCCGAAGACCACUAGAAGUAGUGACGACUUGUGCGUGGGAGGGAUUCCUACAACGGCGAGUUUACGUUCUUCCCCCCACACCCAUCGUGUUCCAAUGGCAAGAAACUGUAAAAGCAAACGAAAAUGGUUACGGACAUAGCGUUCCUCCUGAUAUAAUGCCCAAGAUGCACGUGCCACUCUGUCCAUUCGCAUGUAAAUUCUAGGGCUUGCAGGGCAAAUUUCAAGAUGUUCAGUUUGGUGGUAACAUUUUCCAUCCUGCCGACAAACGAGAAAAUUUGCGGGUUAGUGUUGUUUGUUUGGUGGGACGAUACAAUCUGCCCUCCAAGGCUUAAAACAGUCUCUGUAUGUGGGGAUUAAAAGUCGCAUGCAUUCAUUGAACCCGAAGGUUUAUUGAUCUACGUAGCUGGUUGUGCUCGAAUAAAAAAGCUGUCCAAUUGAUGAAGUCAAAUGUAGACGGAGGUAAGAGGUUCUGCUUUAUUUGCUGUGUCCAGCCACUCCUGGUCUAAUGAAAGGCUGAGAAGGCUUGACAUAUUAACUCGGGUUCAGUUGAUCUUUACGCGCAGCGUUGCGUUACUGAGCCAUCAGCUCACCUUUCAUUGUCUGCUCUCGGAAGCAUUCAAAGUUGCAUGAGAAUGAACGUCACAGAUACAGUUGCGCUCUACGCCUACUGUAUUCGGACCUGACUUCCAGGUCUCCUCAGUCUGAAUUUUAGGCACAAUUGUUUAGAGACAAAAAAUGUAUCAAAAUUAUAGAAUUGUGCAAUGAUUUACCGUACUAACAACACAGGUAUUAGCUAAAAGCCCAGACACGCGUGUUUCGACGAUCUUAUGCCGCUGUCUGACGCAGAUACGAGGGGUUCGGCUCGUCUGUGGGUUCCCCAGCUUUCCUCGCGUGUUUUCUGGUAUAUGAACUCCAGUUUGAACUUGUCUUGUUUAAUUUCCGAGGAAAUUAAUGCGCGAACUUGGAGUAACUAAUUCGAAACAGACCUUUUCAGGCACGGCUCGAAGUUUGCUUUGAAUAUUUGAGCUGAAAUCCAUCAGCUACUGCGGAAUAACCACUUAAUAUUCACAAACCGUCUGUACAACUCCUUAUCAGCAACCUUGUCUUUCAGUUCUUAUCACACAAUUCGUGUAACGCUAUAACUAAAUAAGAAGCUGCAUUACCUGUGUUUCUACCACCGUGCAAAGUAACACCGCACCCACAGCCUUCCUACCUCGGUCCGGAAUUCAAUGAUUUGAGAAUUUAGGCCCGUGACCCCGACGCUGUUGUACAACACUCGAAACAAGUCGUGUUGUGCUAUGGGCCCUCAUAGGUACGCCCCGACUUAGAGGUAGGGGGUUCGGCUUGACAUUAAUUCACCCUGUUAAAACUAGCUCGGGUCUGCUUUGUCAAGCCAACCAGCCAUCACAGACUAACUGGCUCCCCUCUAAUGUCUCCAUUCCCCCUCAAGAAUUAGAGUCCACGAGACGGCUGUGAAUUGCUUUAAACUCCGAGAGGCCAUCCCCACUGACUGGUCUGGCGACGAGUUCUACGAGGGUACCGUCAUCAGUGGAGACGCUCGUAGUCUUGCUUACCGCGCUCCCGAGGCUAUUGUGCGAUGGAACACCGCUGACUCGAAGUCGACCUCUGGAAAGACCCCCACUGGCGAGGAGGUCGACUUCCUGCCUUUCUUCCUCAACGAAACACCGCGACAUAAUGCUAUUUGGUUGGCUGGUCUUCGCCGUCGCACCAAGGUGGACCUCCUGGUUGAGGAACUGAUUCCUAUAAGAGCAAAGUUCCAUCUGAUGGAAAUGGAGUAG